CAUUGCGCUCGGCGGUUCCCCGGAUCUGUCUCUUGCUUCAACAGUGUUUGGACGGAACAGACCCAGGGUCGCCCUUUCCUCCAGCCUCCGACCACCCUCCAACCUUCGGAGUCAGCCACUCAGCUAUCCUCCGUCACCGGGACCAGCCAACACCAUUUUCUGAGCCGAACUCCUUAUUACUGAUCAACCAUGAGCUCCCAGAUUCGUCAGAAUUUUUCCACCGAGGUGGAGGCCGCCGUCAACCGCCUGGUCAACAUGCAUCCGCGGGCCUCCUACACCUACCUCUCUCUGGGCUUCUAUUUCGACCGCGACGAUGUGGCUCUGGAGGGCGUGGGCCACUUUUUCCGCGAAGUGGCUGAAGAGAAGCACGAGAGCGCCGAUCGUCUCUUGAAAAUGCAAAACCAACGCGGCGGCCGCGCCCUCUUCCAGGACGUGCAGAGCCUUCUGAAGAUGAGUGGGGGUAAAACCCAGGACGCUGUGGAAGCCGCCAUUCUUAGGGAGAAGGACCUGAACCAGGCACUAUCGGAUCUGCGCGCCCUGGGUUGUGCCCGCGCAGACCCCUACCUCUGCGACUUCCUGGAGAGCCGCUUCCUAGAUGAGGAGGUGAAACUCAUCAAGAUGGGCGACCACUUGACCAACCUCCGCCGGCUGGUUGGUCCGCAGGCUGGGCUGGGCGAGUAUCUCUAA